AUGACUAUCGCCAAGAGGAGGCUGAGACCGCUGCUGCGACCACUCCGCAACGACCGCGCAGCGCACGCGCACGACGCCGCGCCACCGCUCUCGCGCCGCGUUCCAAAUUCAAAGUUUGACGGUUCAGUGCAAGGUGAUGUGCAGUCAGUGGAAAAGCAUAUAAUUGAGACGUCAGCGGAGUCGGCUGACUUGUCCACGGAGGUGUCAGUGGUUUCCGUGGCCAGCUCCUCCUCAUCAUCAGCUGAGUUACGCGAAGGGUCAGGAGAAGACCCUCCAGAUCCUAUACCGUCGAUAGGGAUAGUCAAGAAUGAAACUAGAGAGGCGUUGAAAACCGACGGAACUGAACAAGAUCCGGUGGUGUUCCUCUCUGAGAAGAACAGCUAUAUCCCCGUGAGCAUCAAGCCGCGCUCCCCCGCCGUGGACAGCGCGUGGAGAGAGCCUCCUGCCUGGGAGAGAGAGUACCGCCGCCACAGGACCAACGGCAGCAGAGUCCAAUAUAUUGAAGCUGAGUGCCAGGAUGACUUUAUGAAGAUCAGGGUUGGAUUCAACGGUUCUUUUGCUGGAUUGGUGUAUUCUGCAGGAUACUCAUAUGAUCCGGACUGCAUGUACAUCAAUGGAACUGGCCGCGACUACUACGAGUUCUACAUCCAGCUCAAUCGCUGCGGGACCCUGGGCCGGAACAGCCAGCACGACGACAAUAGGAAACAUCCUACGAAGAACCUGAUGUGGAACACCAUCACAGUGCAGUACAAUCCACUCAUCGAGGAGGAGCUGGACGAGCACUUCAAGGUCACCUGCGAGUACGGGUACGACUUCUGGAAGACCGUGACCUUUCCCUUCCUGGAUGUUGAGGUAGCGACGGGCAACCCGGUAGUAUUCACACUCCAACCACCUGAAUGCUAUAUGGAGAUCAGAUCAGGCUACGGGGCCGGCGGCGCGCGAGUCUCCGGCCCGGUCAGGGUGGGAGAUCCGCUCACGUUGCUCAUCUACAUGAGGAGUGCUUAUGACGGAUUCGAUAUUGUGGUGAACGACUGCUUCGCCCAUAACGGUGCAACCAAGCGGAUACAACUCAUUGACGAGUACGGAUGUCCAGUGGACGACAAGUUGAUAUCCCGAUUCCGAGGUUCGUGGUCCGAGUCGGGCGUGUUCGAGACGCAAGUGUAUGCCUACAUGAAAACGUUCCGAUUUACGGGCUCACCGGCUCUGUACAUCGAGUGUGACGUCAGAAUGUGCCAUGGGAGGUGUCCUUCCCAGCCCUGCCACUGGCGGAACAUGAAGAGCGUCCGCCGGCGGUCUGUGGAAUCGGAGUCUGCGAGCGUGGCGCCGCGCUUGUCGGAAAAUAUAUCGCUGUUCCAGUCGCUAAGAGUGCUGCAAGAAGGCGAGGAGGAUUCGGAGCUCGCUGCUAGCACAGCAGUAGCCGAAGGUCAAACGUGCAUGAAGACCUCAGCGCUAUCGGCGCUAGUAGCGUCAUGCGGCGCGCUAGUAGCGGCUUUGUGCGGCGCGCUAUUGGUCGCAGCACGCGGUUGGCGGCGCGGGAGCAACGCUACGCCACACCACGCGUACGUGCCGCAUAAGGGACGGAUCAAAUAAGAUGAAAAAGUUGGUUUUUGAGACUGACUUAUAAACUGCACCGCGUGAUGCAAAAGCCUCAAAUCGUAGUUUUCAAAACCUAAUUCUCUUGGGCCCUUUUAGGGCACUCACCGUUUAUUGCUAAGGUUAAUACUGGUUAUUAAACUUGAAAAUAGUUUACUCGUACCUAUAUGGA